AUGUCUUUGUCUGUGUCCAUGCUUCUUAUGCUCAUAGCAUUGAACCGCGUUUACAAUCAACUGCUCCAUAUACUACUGGAGGCUUCCUAUUUCGAGGAAUUUCCUACAACGGACAUCUAUGAGGAAUGCAAUGCUGUUUUGGAUAGGUGUAUAACAUUGCAUCUUGCGGCCUCGAAGGGAUAUGAAGAUAUUACUCAGUUCCUAAUCCAGAAAAAGGUGGAAAUCAACAUCAAAGAUAAGUUUGGAAACACUCCAUUGCUUGAGGCGAUCAAGAAUGGCCAUGAUCACAUUGCUUGUUUGCUUGCUCAAGUAGGGGCAUCAUUGACAAUGGAUAAUGCCGGAAUAUGUCUCUGUAUGGCUGUAGCAAUGAGAGAUUCAGAUUUCUUAAGAAGGGUUUUGGCCAACGGGAUUAAUCCUAACUCCAAAGACUAUGAUCUUCGAACACCACUUCACUUAGCUGCCUCAGAAGGUUUAUACUUGAUAGCAAAUUUACUUUUAGAAGCGGGGGCUAGUGUCUUUUCAAAGGACAGAUGGGGUAACACUCCAGUUGAUGAAGCACGAAUUGGUGGAAAUAAGAAUCUAAUUAAGCUACUGGAAAAUGCAAAGUGUGCUCAACUGUCAGAAUUUUCUAGUUCCUUUGAAGAAAAUCAAGGUACCUACAAAACCAAAAUUUUGAAAUGUGUUAUAUUUUUCCAAAUGCUAGUCUAG